UUCUCUUAUUUAUUUAUUUAUUUUUUGCCUAGCGACUGACAACUGGCGAGUUGCCCCAAGUCGGAUCCCUGAAGUGGCCUGGCCUGAGACUGGAGAGGGACCCCAGUCCUAGGCUGGGGUUCUUUCUAUUUAGCGGAGACGGAUUCAGAGGGGCUCCAGACCAAGAUUGUUGAGAACCAGACAUAUGAUGAGCAGCUAGAGAUUAACGACUCUGAAGAGAUUGCAAGUAUUUGUACUCCAACCCCAGGACACCAAGGACUUCCUCAUUCUGCCCGUCUUCCUACCAAGACUAUGGCUGAUAACUGCAUUGAUGAGUUCGAGGAGGAAAAUAACAAGGAAAAGAAGAGGACCUCACAGUUGACACCUCAGCAGGGCUUCAGUGAGAACGAUGACGAUGAUGAUGAUGAUGACGACGACUCCUCUGAGACUGAUUCCGACGAAGACGACGACGACGAAGAGCACGGAGCCCCUCUGGAAGGGGCCUAUGAUCCUGCAGAUUAUGAGCAUUUGCCAGUGUCCGCUGAGAUUAAGGAACUCUUCCAAUACAUCAGUAGGUACACACCCCAGUUGAUUGACCUGGACCACAAGUUGAAACCAUUCAUUCCCGAUUUUAUCCCAGCUGUUGGGGAUAUCGAUGCAUUCUUAAAGGUCCCACGUCCUGAUGGAAAGCCUGACAACCUUGGCCUGUUGGUACUGGAUGAACCUUCUACCAAGCAGUCAGACCCAACAGUGCUGUCUCUCUGGUUGACAGAGAAUUCCAAGCAGCACAAUAUCACACAACAUAUGAAAGUAAAGAGCCUGGAAGAUGCAGAAAAGAAUCCCAAAGCCAUUGACACAUGGAUCGAGAGCAUCUCUGAGUUGCACCGCUCUAAGCCCCCUGCGACCAUUUACUACACCAGGCCCAUGCCCGACAUUGACACACUGAUGCAGGAAUGGUCUCCAGAGUUUGAAGAGCUUCUGGGCAAGGUGAGCCUGCCGACUGCAGAGAUGGACUGCAGCCUGGCUGAGUACAUCGAUGUGAUCUGUGCCAUCCUGGACAUUCCUGUUUAUAAGAGUCGGAUUCAGUCCCUCCAUUUGCUGUUUUCCCUCUACUCAGAAUUCAAGAACUCACAGCAUUUUAAAGCUCUGGCUGAAGGCAAGAAAGUAUUCACCCCUCCAUCCAACUCUACCUCCCAAGCAGGAGAGGCAGAGACUCUAACCCUCAGCUGAGACACCCCAGGAGUCUGUGUGGAGUCUGAGAUGACAGAGCCUUGUCAGCCACUUGGCACCUAUCUGUUCUGUAGCUAGGCUGGGCUGGCACUGUCCUGUACCCUCCCUGCAGAAAACACACAUUUGUUGACCGCCUCUGCCUGAUUCAGAUUGCUUUAACAGGAGAGUUACACAUCUAUAUCACUGUGGGGAUUUGAGAAUUGAAUUUUUUUUUGUAUCAGGGGAUUGAACUUGGGACCUUAUGAUUGCCAGGUAGAUGCUGUGCCGCUGAGCUAUAUCUCCAGCCCAGGAGUUGAAUUUUUGAGAUCCCACAGAGCACAGAUUGGGAGGUAAAGUUUAAAAGAUAAUCUUUUGGGCACAGGAAUUAUUUUCUUUUAUUUUUGUUUUUUGUUGUUUUUGUUUUUUCAGACAAGGUCUCAUUCUGUAAUUCAGACUGACCUUGAACUCAUGGCAGUCCUCUUGCCUCAGCCUCUUGGGUGCUGGCAUUAGAAGCAUGUACCACCAGCCCAGCUUUUCUUUCAUUCUUAAAGUUAGUUGGCAGUGAUUUUACAAAUAAAACAGUAUGUCAAUUUGUGAUACUUUUUUUGUAUCCACAGUUCCAUUGCCCUUAUUAUUUCCUAAGUGACUAGAAUAUUGUUGGGGAGCCACAGGCCUCAGAAAGCCUCAUACUGCUUCCGACUUUCUGCCUCCUUUUACCUGCUCCCUUUUGUUUCUCAAGGCAGGCCACAGAAACAGGAUUUCUCUUCCCCAAGGCAAGUCAGAGAAAUUUAAUCUUAAAUUCUGUGACCUACCUGUCUAUUAGUAGAUGUUGAGACCUCCAUUUCAGGAGGGGUCCUGCCCCAUGUUCUCCAGGAAACGGUACUGAAGAAUCUCAACAGAUGGUCCCUGCUGGCUUUCCCAGCCCAGCAUUAGAUCAUGUGCUUUGUGUCCAUUUGCAUUUGAUCAUGCCUGUGUAAUCAAUUCUCCAUGUAAACCCAAAGGCCAGGGUUCAGAGAGCUUCUGGAGAGCUAGAUACAUAAAAGUUCCUGGAAGGUGACUGCCUGGAGAGGGCCUGGAAGCUCUACACACCUUCCCCACACCCAUCUUGUGCAUCUCAUCUGUGCCUUUUGUAAUAUCCUGAGCCAGUAAUGUGUUCCUCUGAGUUCUGUGAGCUGCUCACACAAAAUCACUGGACCCCCAAGGAAGUUUGCAGUAACCCCAAUUUAUUUCUGAUUGGUCAAAAGCACAGGUAAAACAAACGGGCUUGUGACUGGCAUCUGAAGUGGGGAAAUGGCCUGAUUGAGCAGCCAGCCUGUGGGAUCCAGUGCUGUCUCGAGGUAGCUAGUGUCAGAAUCGCAUUAGAGGACCCAUUCCAGGUCUUCAGUGCUGCUGCAGAACUAACUGUUUACUGAUUGGGGGAGUAAUUUUUCUCUCAGAAUUUGAUUUUUUGGGGGUUUCUGCAGGGAAAGCUGCCUUCCUUCUAGGGCUCCUGUCUGUCUGUAGUCCCAUGGAGCCUGCUAUGACAGUAAUCCAGUGAGAAAUGAGUAUGGCUUGUGGUAGCAUGAUGCGAGUAGAGAUGGACAGAGAGGAAAUACUGUGGAAUUUUAUCUGCUAUGCUCCAGUCAGGAAAUCUGAAACCAUGCUAGUAAUUUCUAACAAAAAGCAUUUCAUGGAGGAAAUUGUUUGCCGAAGUGUUGGCAAGGACUGAAGGAGAAGGGAGAAUGGAGGGUACUGAAGCCACACAAAGGUCACACACAGGUGGUGUCCACAGCAGGCAACUGCAACAAAGGUCUGCAGUCUUGAGAGGCUGAGGUGCUAUGCAUGGCCCUGCUGAAGACCACCCACCCUCACUUCCCCCACUGCAGUUAUGGGGAUGCAGAGAUGAAGAGCGGGCAGGGGAAUCUGGGAAAUCCAGCAGUACAGAAUAGAGUUUGGCUAUCUGGAAGCCCUCAGCCCCAUUGUUUUGCAUUUUCAUGGAGACAUCACUACAUAGGCAUGAGGGAAGUCUGGGGUGAUGGCUGAAAUGUGACUGGACACACAGGUGUGAGCUACUGCAAACAGCCUGGGUGGGGAAGCUCAGCAGGCCUGACUACUGACACCCUUUGAAGUUCCCUUUUUACCAAGGCAGAACUGAAAGAACUUGGUGAGACUCGAUGUGGAUCAUGGAAGAGAUCAAGGAUGACUUCUAGGUGUUUUGGGCUCAAGCAACUAGGUAAUGGAGCCAACUACUGAUACAGAGAGAAAGCAUUAGAGGGGAAGACAACAUUAAGAUGCUACACUACCAGCUUUAGAUACGCACAAUAUGCAUCCAGAUGGGAAAGGAAUGGUUUUUUACAAAUUCUCUAAUCGACCACAAUCAUAUACUUCCACACACAGAGAGCAGGUCUCACUGAUACCAGAUCAGCUGGGUGCUCUGCUCUGACUCAGUCUCCCCCUUGUACUGAGGAGCUACAUCCCCACUGAGCUACAUCCCUAUCCCUUUAAAAGAAAAUUUAAAAAUUUUGAGAC